AUGGUCGCGUACCACUUUGCUGCCUUGGACUCCAGCUCGUACUGCAGUUCCAGUAUGUCCGUCAAGCUCACCUCAGCUUCCAACAACGUCAACUGUUGUGAUCCCCCCGUCACUCCAGCAAUGGAAACAGGUUCUGUCCCCACGUGUUCCGAUGGCAUUAAGUUUCUGCAGUCGGGUUUCCACUGCUGCAAUUCUGGCAUGAGUUGGGCCAUGCACAGCAUCUGCAACAUCAAGGCAGAGCCACAAGCAGAGCUGCCUGAAGCUCAGAUUGACAUGGCAGUGAAGAGGAGGAAUGAAGACAUCCAAGAGGAGAAGAAUCUCCCUAUGCAGAGGGACAGUCAACAAAAACAGGUGGAAGUGUCGCCAUCCUACCUGGCAGCCUGCAGAGAGUUCCAGCAAAUGACGGGCAACCAAGAGCCCCGAAGCUGGCAUGAGGCCCAGGAACUGUACCAUCCAGAGAUGCUGCAGGAGAAGCACGUCCCGAGGAAGGUGCAGAAAAACAGAAUUUCGUGGCAGGAGAUCUACACCAACUCUGACAGUGAAGCUGCUGCAGCAGCGCCGUCCCAAGGAGCCUUUGCUCCCCAGCCGAAGACGUGGAGCCUGAGCACUUGGUUCACCUCCUGUGCUGACCCAGCUGCUGCUCUGCAACUGGAAAUGGCGGGUGACUCCCUGGAGCAGCACAGGAGAAUGAUGAAGAUGGAAAAUCCUAUCAUCAGAUACAUUGAACUGGAAAAUAUUGGCAGUGGGAGUUUUGGAGAGGUUUUUAAAGCACUCGACACUGCCACAGGAGGAGAGGUGGCCAUCAAGAAAAUAAAUCUUCAAGGACCGAGGAGGAUGGAACGAAGCGUUAAUGAAAUCCAAAUCAUGAAGAGGUACAGGAGUCCCAAUUUUGUGAAUUACUUAGACAGCUACCUUGUGGGUGAGGAACUCUGGCUGAUUAUGGAGUACAUGGAUGGAGGCACUCUGAGAGAUGUCAUCAAUGAGUGUGACAUCUUUGAAAGCCACAUUGCAGCCAUCAGCCGGGAGUGCCUGCAAGGACUGCAUUUUCUUCACUCCAACCAUGUGAUCCAUAGAGAUAUGAAGAGUGACAACAUCCUUCUCAGAACCGACGGUUCUGUCAAGCUGGGUGAUUUUGGCCUCUCUACUCAGCUCAGCCCUGAGCAGAGCAGACGGUGCUCGGUAGUCGGGACUCCUUGGUGGCUGGCGCCUGAAGUCAUCACAGGCCAACCAUAUGGUCCCAAAGUGGACAUAUGGUCAUUCGGAAUUGUGGGGAUUGAAAUGAGAGAACAAGAACCUCCCUACUGGAACCAAAGUCCCAUCACGGCUACACAACUGAUAGCCACAGUAGGGACCCCACGGCUGCGGCAGCCCAAGCGAUUCUCGCCUUGCCUGCGUGACUUCCUGAGCUGCUGCCUGCAGACAGACGAGGAGCAGCGCUGGUCUGCCAGGGAGCUCCUGCAGCAUCCAUUUAUAGAAUUUGCUGAGCCUGCGUCCAGCCUGGUGCCGCUGAUUGUUUCAGUGAAGAAGAGGGUGACGAGAAUGUGACAAUUACAUCAGGACCAUUUACUCGUCAACCAGUUUAGAGUAGGAUUGUAGGGUAGGAUUAGGAUUAGGAUAAGGAUAAGGAUUAGGAUUAGGGUUAAGGUUAGGGUUAGAGUAGGAUUGUCUAAUAGGACUGCAGAGUAGGAUUGGAAAUGAAUACAGUUUCUAAAACCACAACUCACCUUGAAGAUUCCCUUCCUUCUCACUCUGCGAAUAUGCUCAAGAAUUUCUUCUGAAUUGUCUGUUGUUUCUUAAAGGUGGAAAGUGACACGGUGUCUUUGGCAUGGUGUGAAAGUGGGGAAGAAGGAUGUUCUUCAUUCAUCCUCUCCAGACCACACAGCUUUUGGAAUCUGGCCCACUGGUCUGUUUUUGGCCAGCUUUGGUAUUUCUAUUUGAGGCAGAAAGGGCAAUGGCAUUUGAAGGCAAACCCAAAAGAAUGAGGACGCCCAACACCCUGUGCAGAUGCAGGCCUUCAGCUGUGACUGGAGAGCAUUGGUGUUCCUGCCAUAUGGAUUUGUAUCCCGAAAAGCAAUAAUCUCUUUGGCUGGAGG